CCCCAAUUAUAUUAAGAUCAACAUAUAUAAUGCAUGUAGCAUAAUCCUUUUUGUUAUUGUUUCACAAAGUAGAUUUUGUAAAACAAACAACCACCCUCCCCCUCCUUUUAAACAUACACGUCAAAACAAUAUUAAUGAGCAUUAAAUUGUGUUUGGUGUAUCCUUUCCCUAUAAGUUUUACCCAUAAUUGAGAAGAAAUUGCUAUAUUCUGAGGUAGGUGAGGGUUGAUCAUCAAGUCAUCAAGAUGGACACAUGUUGUACUUUAGGCAUAAAAACAAGUACAUUAAUAAGUACUUUGGUUGUUUUGAUGUUGCUAUCACAACAAGGAUGGGCCGGGGUCUACUCAUGUUGGGGUGGGUGUCUCAAUCAGUGUGUGCUUGGUGGCAAGAAACCGGAAGAAAGACUACCAUGUUAUUGGAAUUGUGUAGCCAAAUGUUUUCCUCCGCCGGGCCAAUUUGAUCCUCGUCCCAACGGGACCAAGAUUCCGUUGGAUUCGACUAGUUUGGCCCGUUCAUCACCGGCCAGUGAAAUCCCAGGAUCUUCGGUCCCGACUGAUCCUCCUAGAGCACGUAAAUCCAAGUUUGGCCAAAAGUAUUAUUGCAUCAUCGGUUGUUCUUUUCAAAGUUGUAUGAGGUCGAUCCGCGGUAAAACAGAUUUGAAGACCUGCCUUGUGAGGUGCACUAAUAAAUGCAAAAAUUAAUGUUUCGGUGAUUUAUGUCACUUAUGUUUUAGGUUC